AUGGCUGCAGCGGUCACGAACGCCAUCACCCUCACCCGCCCGCGCGUGGCGGCGCGCCGCGCGGCUCGCCGCGUCGUCGCGGCGAAGGCCUCCGCGUCGUCCCCCGACGCGGCGUCCGCGCCCGUCUCCAACCUGGGCCCCUCGCGAUCGUCCGCCCGGGAGGUGGCGCAGGUGGCCGCCAAGAAGGCCGUCGUCGCCGUGCCCGCCAAGGGAAGCGAGCCCGCGACCGCCGAUCGCCCCUUCAACUUCGCGGGAUCCGCGAUCCUGGCCGUCCUCAUCGGCGGGGGUCUCACCGUCUUCCGCAUCCUGAAGACGAAGAUGGACGAACGCGAGCAGGCGCUCUACGAGGCCAGGGUGGAGGCCGCGGCGGAGGCCGCGGCGGAGGAGGGCGGCGAAGCGGCGCGCGACCGCAACGAUAAGUUAUUCGGUGACUACGCCAAGACCAAGGAGGAGAUGGACGCCGCGGCGAAGGCCGCCGCGGACAAGGCCGAGGGCAAGUGA